UUGACGACUACUAGAUUUCCUUGCUGACAUUGCUGUUAUCUUGAUCGAUUUACUUUUCACCAAUUUUGCGAAAAAUAUAGUUAAUAAAAUUAUUUCUUAUUCAUUGUGUCUAGUUCUGUUAAAUUUAGGCAAGUGACUUUAAUUAUUUAUAUCUCUAUAAUGGAAAAUAAUACAGAUCAUUCAGAUCAAAACAAUUACAGCCCUUUAUCUGUACAAGACGUAGAUGUAGAUUUUUUACCGAUUGUUUACGAAAUUAUACGAAGUGUGGAACGCGAUUUCCACGACAACUCUGCAAAGGCCCGGGAAUCUGCAGAGUGUAGUCAAAAAGUGCUAGAAUUACAGAAGAAAUUGGACAUAGCGCGUUCACAGAUCAAACGUUUGCCUGGUAUAGACUAUAAUAAACAAGACCAAAUCAAGCAAUUUGAAAUCCUUAGAACCCAGCUUAGAUUGAAACGAGAGUUAUUGCAGAAGUAUCGAAAUAUGUGUUCAUUUGAAACCUCAUUUAAGUGAUUAGUAACAUAAUGCCUCUCCGUGCUUUACUCAAGUAUUUGGCAAACAAUGAACAUCUUGUACAGAGAAUAGCAGAGUCGUAUCCUGUGCGACGGGCAGCACAAUUGGCAGUGUCCUUUUUUUAUAGAGGAAAGGAGAAACUCUCAGAAGUAGACCCACAAAAAGUCAACAGACUGAUGUCAUUCCUAAGAAAGUUUAGUCAAAACAUGAAGGAAGGUAUAGAGGAUGCUAAGAAACAAUUAAAAAAAUGAUAUAAUUAAUUUUAGUUGUCAGUUUAGAUUCUAAAUUUAAUUAGUUUAAUUAGUUAUGAUAAAAUAAAAAGACUUGUGAGUUUUA